AUAGAAUGUAAUCUGAAAAUCAAGAUUAUGUGAGAUGUAAAUAUUGCAAGCAAAGAAUACAUCAAUGUCAGAUGUACGCACAUAAAUUAGAGUGCAAUCUGUAAAACCAUCCCAAUUACUAGUCUGAAAUCCAAUCUAGAAUCUCAGAAAAUCGGUCUCAAUUAUAAUCUUAAAACAAUCCUCAAUAGCAAUCAAGAGUGCAAUAAAGUUCCCUAAGAAAUCCUGUUCAGUAUGUCGAAUCACACAUUUAUCCUUCUGAAUAAGAUAACAACUCCAAUUAAAAUUCGAUGAUGAACAAUCGAAGAAGCUCUAAUUAUCCAGAAUAAUAAAUAAGUGCUUCCGAUGCGCAAAGGGUGCGUUAAUAGAAUCGUAAUUAAUAUACUGAGUCAUUAUUGAAACAAGCAUAGAAGAAAUGCGAAUACUGUGAUUAAGAAUACCCUACGCAAAUUUUAGAAGAACAUUAUCCUCAAUGUGAGGCCAAAAAGGUAAUCGAAUAAAUGUCUAUCGAAGAUGAUCAAAUUGAAAACACCUACGAGUAAUAGAAUAAUAAUAACAAUUAUCAUUUUAAUUAACAUCAAAGUGACUAUCAAGAUGAUAUUUACACCCAUUAAUCAUAAAAUAGAAAUUAGAAUAUAAUCACUACAACUUAAGUAAUAGUCCAACCAAAUGGAUCAAUUUAAAAAAUUUUCACUACCACAAAUUUAGAUACAGGAUAAGUUAUUAAAAAAUAAAUCAUUACUCAAACUUCAUCAUAAUCAUCAUAAUAAUAAUAAAUGUAGUAAAUACCUUCAAUUCCAAUGAAUUAUCCGAGGAGAAGCACGAACCAAUAGAAUUCAUAUUUAAACAUCUUGGAUUAAUUUUUACGUAAUCCUUUUUUUAUGAAUUAAAGAAGAAGCAGAUUUUCACUCAUACCAAUGCCAAUGAUGUAAAUUCAAUCAAUAUAAUAGGACUCUUUAGCAUCAUCAUCAAAAUUAAGGGUUAGAAAAUUUAGCAAUUAUCAAAUAUGUACCAUAUGAUGGUCUUUCAUAGGAGUAUAAGCAAUGCACAAUAUGUAUUAAUAAUUAUGAAGAUGGUGAGGAAUUAAUUCUCCUUCCUUGCAUACAUAGAUUCCAUAAGAAAUGUAUUUCGGAAUGGUUUAAAAAUCAAAGUACUUGUCCUAUUUGCAAAACUGAUGUUACUUAAUAGGAGAUGGCAUAUGAAGAAGAUAAUUGACUAUGAUUACAAUAAUACGGUUCUUAAGUUAUCACAACUAAAUUAAU